AUGGCGGCGGUAAACACAGACCCCAAAGCCACCGGAGAGCAAAUCAAAGCCAUCUUACGCCGCUGCAGGGGUCGCCCGAGGCUGACCGACGCGGACCGGGCUCAGCGGCGGCUCGAGUCGCGGAAGAAGUACGAUGUGCGGCGCGUUUAUCUGGGAGAAGCGCAUCGGGUGUGGAGCGAGCUGCGCGCGCGCACGAGCCUGAGCGACGCGGGGCUCGCCGAGUACCUGAUCCUGCUCGACUCUGCAUAUGGAGAGAAAUACCAGCAGAAAUACGGCAAGAGAAAAACCCUUCCUGAACAAUGCAGCAGUCACAGGAAAGGGAAGAAGGUGUCUGGCACCAGCCUGCAGACUGUGGUGAGCUGGUAUCAAGGUCACGGUCAGUCGUGUCAGCACGAGCCUGAGCUGCGGGCCGUGGAGCCCACUGUGGGUCUGUCUACAUCUGUGCUGUGGCAGUGUGUGGCGGGGCAUUCGUUUGUGCAGAACCUGCCCUGGCCUGCAGGAGGAGAGUCCGAGUCAGACGAGGAGGACGGUGUUCUGGAGAAAGAUGAGGAGGACAGGCCUUCAGGGAAGAAAGCUUCUGUCAAUGAGAGUAUCCACAUCAAAAGCAGGAAGCUGCAAAACCACGGGCAGCUGCAGGUCGCCAUCAGUGACGUGGAAGACGAUGAUCGUCAUGUGGAUCACCAGAUGACAUGCACAUCCCUCGGUGAUCUCCCGGGGUCCCCUGUGGCCCACAGCAGUCCUCCCGCCUCAGAGCGCUGUCUGAGCAGCCAGGCCGAGUGGGAGAUGGAGGCGCUCAUGGACCGAGAAGCCUCGAGUCCGGAAGCGGCGAGACAGAGCGACCCAGUCGGGGAGCAGACGGACGCUUCCAGAACUUCAGAGAAGGUGGACAGUGGAGGCGGCUUGAUGGAGAGUUACGGAUGCGUGCUUGUCACAGAGCCCUUGACGGACAGACAGGAGAGGCAGGAUGGAGCCAGUUGUUCCAGAGAAGACGUCCCGUCGUUAACAACCGCCCCAGCACAGAGCCAGCUGUUUGAGAGUCAGGACCUGCAGACGGUGAUGGGCGGAUGUGAGCUGCAGGACCAGCGCUCCACACUGGGAGGAUCUCAGCUGAUCAUAAUUACGGGACCCAGUUACGAGGCUCUGGCGUCUGAAGGCAUCCAGCUGAACGUGGGUGGUGGUGAUGAUGAGGAGGUCACAUGUACGCUGAUCGGGGACGUGUCGUAUAAUCAGAUGUGUCAGUCAGGACACAGCGCCGAUCUGGCUGAGAAGCGGUUAUUGGAUCCCGGUGAAGAAUCGCAUUGUUCGGGAGAGCUUCAGCAGUCUCUCAGUAGGUCUAAGCGGAGCCGGCGGGGUCCAGUAGUCGAGGCGGAUGGCAUGCUGAAGAUGUUCCACUGUCCGUAUGAAGGCUGCAGUCAGGUGUAUGUGGCCAUUAGCAGUUUCCAGAAUCAUGUGAACCUGGUGCACAGGAAGGGCAGGACCAAAGUCUGUCCUCAUCCAGGCUGCGGGAAGAAGUUUUAUCUGUCCAACCAUCUUCAUCGGCACAUGAUCAUACACUCAGGCGUGCGAGACUUUAUCUGUGAAACGUGUGGCAAGUCUUUUAAACGCAAGAAUCACUUAGAGGUGCACCGCCGAACACACACGGGAGAAACGCCGUUACAAUGUGAGAUAUGUGGCUAUCAGUGUCGACAGCGAGCGUCACUCAACUGGCACAUGAGGAAACACACGUCUGAGGCACUUUUCAACUACACGUGCGAACACUGCGGCAAACGCUUCGAGAAACUCGACAGCGUCAAGUUUCACAAACUCAAGAGCCAUCCAGACAAACAGCAUGCCUGAAAGACACUUAAAGAGAAAAUCAUCAGUUAUGUGGGAAGUUUUAUUAAGGCUGCAGAACAAAGUGUUUAUUUAAUAAGAAAUUGCAUUUUUAGGUGUUUGUUUUGUGUUGUUUUGUUUUUGUUUUUUUAUCAUCAAAUCCCGAUAUUGACCAAAAAUAGGCUUGAUAGAUACUCAAAUAGAAGAGAAAAAGACAUGCAAGAAUAAGACAGGCGUUGAUAGAGAGAAUCAAAACCAUUUUGUUGUUUGUCUAAAGUCUGUUUUUAAUUAAUUCCUGUGCUGGACACAGAAAAACAAAACUGUACUUCUGCUGCCACUGUAUGGACAAACAUAUUAAUGUUUACAGCAGUUUUAAUCCAAGAUCCAAAUCAUAUGAUCCAAAUCAGGGUGAAAUAAUUAAUUAGUCUGCUGCGUCUUGCAGAAACAAUAAUUAAAAUCGAAAUUUAUUUGCAUUUUCUUGUCCAAAACACAAAAACACACACACAUAAAAAUAAUUUCUGUUGGAAAAUUCUGUUAAUUAAAACUUGAGCUACAGUGCAGCUUUGAUGCUUGAACACUGAACCCUAUCUUUAUACUUCAGUUGUGAACACAUAACUAUCAACACAUUCAUGUUUUACAAAAUGUACAUCACAUUUCGCAUUACAUCAAUACCUUCGUAUUACAUCACUUGGUCAGCAGUGGAUCUGCUGCAGUGAAUGGGUGCCGUCAGAAUUAGGGUUCAAAACAGCGGAUAAAAACAUCACCAUAAUCUGUAAUGAGGUUUUUGCCAGUAAUACAGUCCAUCUCCUGUUUUCCUCUCACAUAAACAUCCACCAACGUAUUUGUUUAGAACUGUUUUGGACUGUUGCUUGUAAACAGUGCAUUAUCUGUGCAUAUUUCUCUCCUGAUUCAGAUGUGAUGGCUUUUUCACUUGAGGAAAUAAUAUAGCCGGAAGCAAUGGUUUAAGGUUAAAAAUGUUUUACUGAUGGAUGGACAAACACACAAACAGCUUUUCGCUUCACAAGACAUUAACUGAAGGUCUGGAGUGGUGUGGAUUACUAAUUGAUUAUUGUUUUAUCAGAUGUUUGGACUUUCAUUCUGACGGCACCCAUUCACUGUAGAGGAUCCUCUGACGAGUAAUCAAGAUGAUGUAGUCAGGAAACAAGCUCAUCUAUUUCUUGACUUGAUUUUCUGAAAUUGUAUAAAAACCUAAAUAAAUUGAUAAUAAUAAUUGGGGUGAACUAAUUUAUUUUCUUCCAUUUAACUCAGAAUUUUCCAAGCUUUCAGAAUUUUGGUAAGAUGAAAUUCAAACCAAGGGGACAUUAUUCAAGGUUCAACCUAUACUUGUCAACAUAUACAUAAACUACUUGUGUAUAUAUGGUUAUAUUUGUAGAUUCUUA